AUGUCCCCCGUCGCCUGCUGCUCCGCCGGCCCCACCGUGGGCGGCCUGUGCCCCGUGCCGGCGGCACCGUCCGUCACCUUCUGCUCCGGCGACGUGAGCUGCGGAGAUGCCCUCUGCCUGCCCGGCGCCUGCCCGGGGGGCUCCUGGCUCCUGGACAACUGCCAGGAGACCUGCUGUGAGCCGUCCGGCUGCGGCCCGGUCGGCUGCGGGCCCGGCCCCUGCUACGUCUCGUCCGGCCGCCCCUCCUCGUGCUACGUCUCCGGACCCGGCCUGGCCGUGAGCUGCCUCCCCCUGACCUCGUACGGGUCCGGCUCCUGCGCCCCGGCCUGCGGUCGGCCCGUCGGCUACGUGGCCGGCCAGUUCCCGAGCUUCGUGGCCGGCGGCUGCCGCCCCCUGACCUUCGUGUCCGCUGGCUGCCGUCCACAAAACUUGGUGUCCGGCAGCUGCUAUCCCCUGAGUUCUGUGUCCAGCGGCUGUAGCCCCGUGUCAUACGUGUUCAGCAGCUGCCGGCCCCUGAGCUCUUUGUCCACCGGCUGCCGACCCCAAAACAUGGUGUCCGGCACCUGCUACCCCCUGAGCUCUCUGUCCAGCGGCUGUAGUCCGCUGGGCUACAUGUUGAGUAGCUACCGGCCCGUGACCUACGUAUCCAGCGGCUGCCGUCCUCUGAGCUCCGUGUCGGGCGGCUGCCGUCCAUCCUGUGCCGCACCAAGCUGCUGAACGUCUCCUUGUUCCAGAGGGCCGUGCCGAGCGACAAGGACCGGCGACGUCCCCAUGGCGCCGGGAGAGGAAGAGGCUCGUGUGGACCCAUCUCCAUCGUCUCUGUCCUGAUCACGAGCCGGGUGUCUCCGCCUCCGUCCUCUCGUUGUCUGACCUCACUGACCCAAUUCUCGAGUCCUCCCCUGCCUGGCCCAACCGAUGGGCGAUGGAUUCUCUCUCUCUCCAUCUCUGAAUAAACUGUUCUGUUUGGCAUCCAAUCCUGGUCUACGUCACUC